GAGCUCAUCCCAUCGCUGAGAGUUGGUUCUGUAUACGCGGAAAACCUUAUUGGCGUAACGGCUACGCCAUGGAUCUGCUCCGUAGGACACCACGGCUCUCCUGUGGCGGGCAACGCUAGUUCUCCUUAUAAGCCGUCAUGUUCUCCAAACGUUCCUCCCUUCUUCCCGCCCACUCGAAAGUCCUGUGUUCGACUCUCAAUAAUAAAUCUAUAACUCUGUCCUUCAGAUCUCUAUACAGGUCCAUCAGUAUGCAGAAAACCAUCGAACAAAUUACUGGAAAGGCCGCAAAUGGAUUCCACCAGUCCGACGUGCCCAAUCUUCGAGGAAAGACUGCUGUGGUGACCGGCGGGACGAAUGGUAUUGGAUAUGAAGUAGCUCGCGCACUCGCACUUUCUCAUGCUCGUGUUCUCCUCCUGUCUCGCAAGAGCGAGAACGGCGAGGAUGCUGUCUCUGGUAUCAAAUCAAGCAAUUUGGAGGAUAAGAAUAGUGGUGGUUUAGUCGAUGUUACUUUCAUUGCAUGCGACCUUGGUGAUCUUGACUCGGUCAAGAAGGCCGCCGAGAAAAUUUCGAAGGAAGAAAGACUGGAUAUCUUGGUUUGUGCUGCUGGCGUGGGUGUCAACAAAUUCGAUACCGCUGCCACCGGCAUAGACCGUCACUUCUCGGUCAACCAUCUCGGUCAUUUCUACUUGGUGAACCAACUCCUCCCCCUUGUACGCAAGACCUCCCGACUUCCGAACACGCCUGCCCCUCGAGUCGUCGUGGUAUCAUCCGAGUUGCAUCGCACGGCACCCUCCUCCAUCCAGUUUGAUUCCAUUGAAGAGCUGAAUGACGUCGAGUCUAAUUCCAUCAAAGGCAAUUUAGGCGAAGCCAAUUCCCUUUACGCUAGAACGAAGCUUGCGAACAUCCUUUUCGUCAAGGAACUCGUCAAACACGCUGGACUGGAUACCUCUGAGCCUUCCAUAUAUGCAUUGGCUACUCAUCCCGGAGCCGUACACACGGGUCAACAAGACCAAUUUAAAGAAGCCUACGGUGGCGUGUUUGGAAGUAUAAUGAAGACUGUCGUCGUGCCAUUCAUGCGCUCUCCCGACCAAGGUAGUCUCAGCACCCUUUGGGCUGCUGUGAGCGACGAUGUCGUCAACACUUCUCCUAAAGGAGACCAAGGGCUGCAGGGAGAUGAGAAGGCGAGUGGGUGGCAAGGACAUUAUAUUACCGAUCCGGGAGAGGAGGGGAAGGAGAGUGAGCAGGCACGCGAUGUAGCUCUUGCAAAGAGGUUGUGGACGUUGAGCGAGAGUAUCAUCAAGGACCAGGUUGGGGAGAAUGCGCUGAAUAGCUGGAAUGCGGGCGUCGCUGAGACCUAGUAACAACACGAUUUCAGUUUCCAAGGAUCCCUUACUGCCAUCUCGAGAACAGGCAGUUGUACUUUAUAUUGUUGUGAUUAGUUGUAUAAAGAAAGCUCUACAUAUCCGGCC